AUGCUAGAAAAAUCAGAAGAUGUAGAUCCUGAUGUGGCACUUUUAAUGGGUUUUUUAAAUCACGUAAGAAAAUUAACAGAAGAGCAAAAACUAGAUUUUCAAUCACACGUAAUUAAUUUUUUCAAAUCUCUUUCUAAAACAGUACAACAACCACACAAUUUCCAAAAUCCUGUUCACACAUCUAACUCAAACAAUCCUGUACCAGACCUCUCUAAUCAUAGUAUCCAUAGUAUAAAUCCUUUACAAUCCGAAGUUUCAUAUAGUUUUCAAACAAAUUAUCCCGAUAGUCUCAACCCUACAGUAUCCACUUCAUUUACCACAUAUCAUCCAUCAGAUAUUUAUCAGCAAAUUUCUACUACACCAACAUCCUCAACAUUGUCAACAAUACCACCUAUAUUUAAUCCUUAUUUACUUCCUGGCCCCCUUACAGAUACACAUCCUUAUAAAAAUAAUAAUGAUAAAUGA